CUACCACUGAGCAGUGCCCUGAAUCAACAUGAAAAGCGGAAGGAGUAAAGAAAGGGAAGACUGCCUACGCCCUCUUCCUCAUCCCUAGAAUGGAGGAUUGACUUCCUACAGGGGACAACAGACACAUGAAUAGAAGACGGAGGUUCCUCCUUGCCUCGGUGCUUGCCCUCCAGAACUCGAGCUUUAUAUAUCCAUCAUGUCAGCGGUGCUUCUCUCGGAUAGUCCUUGACUCCCAGAGGUACCUUGAGGAUUCUGGUGAAACCCCAGAAGCCCUGGACAGUGGUGGGAGGCAAAGCCUCUUGACCACAGCGGUGGAGAAUUGUUUCGUCGGGCAAAGCUUUGUCUUUGGAGUGACGAAUUUUGGAGAUGUAUGUGAACAUGAUUCAGACCCCAGUAACUUCUUACAGCCAUGCUGUCAGCACAAAGGAGAAGUCAGAACGCUGGUAGCUUCCCAGAUGGUUCUGCCCAGUCCACAUGUGACAGGCUUUACUGUCAUUGACUACUUAAAUCAGCUUUUGCACAGUUCCAAUUUCAAGAAACAGCACUGCGACUCUCAGGAGUGCAGCAGUCACUCGCUCUCUUUAGAUCACUCGGACAGUGAUCUUAGCAGCAGGCGUAGCUCUGGGAAAACAUCCUGCUUUCUGGAGUCCUGUGGCAGAGAUGAUUUUCUCAGAUUCUGGCAGCCAUCUCUUGAACUGACUUCUACUGAUUCGCAAAUAACAGCUAAUGAUGACGUUUCAGCUUCAGAACAAACCAUGGUGAGUGGUACUCCUAACCAAAACAGACAGUACAUCUCCUUUUCCAAAGCCACCACUUCUAAGAACUGGCAUGAUCCCCUUCAGAGUUCUCAGAGCCGUGUUUCUUGUAUGGACAAGAAUAAUACAACAGGAAAGUUGGGCGGAGACUUUGGUUUACAAGCUGAUCAUCUGAGUCCAGUUUGCCCCGGUUUUCGUGAAACUAGGCUCUCUGACUCUAAUAGUUCACUCCCUCCACAAAUGCAAGACCCCUCUGAAGAAGACAAUGCAGAGUGCUACAGUGAAGCAGCAAUUAAAAGUGAGUAUUCCCAGGAUGACAUCCCAUGUUACCAGCAUCGUGACAUAAAUACUACCUCCAUCCUUCAAGAGAGAUCUGCAUUUUCAUUGUCAUCACUGAGAUCUAAAGAAACACCAAGUGCUUCCCAGACCUUGAUUUGGGAUGACCUACCAUUCUCUGAAAGCCUGAAUAAGUUUCUGGAAGUUGUUGAAAAUGAGAUUGCUAUCACUGAGACAGAUCCUGAGGACAGAAAACAGAUUAUAGAUAAUGGCAUUGAUAAAUUCCACACAGACCACAGCAGGUUAUCUGUGACGCCCAGGAGAAACACUGGAGCCUUGACUGCACCUCCUUUAUGCCUAAGAUCAUCACAAGCAAUGAUGAAAGAAAACUCUAGGAAAGAGACAUUCUUUUCCAGCUGUGAGUCUAAUCCAAGUCCUCAAAUUGAAAAAGAAUCAAAACCCAACAAGACAGCAGAGCCCGUCUCUACAGGCAGUAAUAGAAGUGAUAUCUCCGAGUGGUUUCUGGAUACUUGCCUGUCAGCUCUCUUUACAUCUCCAAACGAUAUGGAAGCAUCAGUUACCCAAAAGCGAACCCUACAACAAAGGGACGAGAUUUCACUCAGACCUAAUACCUCAACAGGUGACUGUUCUCAUCUUAGGAACAAAUAUUGUAAUGGAUGUGGAGAAAAAUCAUGUUCAAAUACAAAAGGGAAAUUGGCAAGCUUGUGUUCUAAGAAACACGGUGAUGUUUCUUAUCUUCAGAAAUUAGAAAAUAAGCAGUAUUAUAGAUGGUCAGAGAACCAAGAUGACAAUUUUACAAUAUGCCGGAAACUUACAUAUCCUUUAGAGAAUCUUUGCAGUAGUCCAGGAAAUACAAUUACCGCAAAAGAAAUACCCCACAGGCCUAUCAGUAGUAACUUAACACAAAGUUUCUCUGCUGAUCAUGAAGGUAGCUACAAUGCUUCUGCUGAUCUUUUUGAUGAUGUUGCUAAAAAUAAGGACAUUGGAACAGAAAUUGCCAAAAUGUCACAGGAUGUUUUGUUACCCUGGGAAGCAUCUUGCUCUGAAAACUGUGUUGUAGGUGAAAACUGCAGCCAGCCUUCACAAAAACUACCCUUGCAGAACAUAUCAACAUCAAGGUGUCCAAGAGCAAGUUCUCAGUCAGACUCAGAAUCUGACUUUUCAGAAAGCCAAGACUUUGUUCCAUGUUCACAGUCAACUCCAGUUGCAGGCUUCCACCAAAGAAUUCAUGGCUUACGUGGAACUUUCAGAAUAUUGCCUUUGUUAUAUUCAAAUCUUGAUGCUAACUAUAAGAAAACAAAAAUUUCUCCUGAAAAUGACAAACAGCAAGCCACCUCAGCCUUCCCAAAGAAUGUAAAAACACCUAGCCAGAAAUCUAAAAGUCCUGUUGUAUCUGGUUUGACACAACCAGAGAUCAACCACUGCCCUACUGCUGAGGGCCCUGAAAGUGAUGUGGAUGAAUGGGUCCCACCUACCACCCAAAAAGUAUUUCUUUCAGAUACUCUUGGAUUCAAAGCCAUGUGUUUAAGAAAAUGCCUUGCUGACCAAAAAGAGUUACCAAGAAAGAAACUGAUAAAAGUUGCACAUAAAACCAGCAUGUUUAAAAUUAAAAGUAAAGAAUAUGUUUACAGCAACGGUUGCAAAAACAGAAGUGUCCUAACUAAGCACAAUUAUAAAUAGGCUGAAAACAGGAAAAGUCCAUUUUGGGAUGUUUUUUCAGAAGUCAAAUGUUGUCUUCUUCAAACAUUGCCACUUUUAGUGUCUGAAACAAAAAGAGCUUGGUCACCAAAAUUAUUUUCAUAUAAAGUCAUUUGAACCCAAUUCCCAGAGAUUUUAAACAGAGGCAAAUCUGCUUAGAAAUUUUUGCUUUCCCUGACACAGAAAACAACCCUUGUAUUUUGAACACUUAACGGAAAAUCGUUAAUGGAGAAUGGACUGCGCUGAGUGCUGGUGGACCUUUCAAGCUUUCCUCGAGGCUGUUUUCUCCAGAAUACUAUGGUUUAGAUAACUGAGCACUUUAUCUUUUGUUGACUAAUCUGUUGAUUUUGUAUUUAAAAGUAUUUGUUAAAAUAGAGACAUCUAGAAAUAAAACUUUUACAAACCAAAA